AUGAAAAUAUAUGAUAAGGCAUUGGAAGAUGUAAAUUAUAGCAUCUCUAUAAACAAUAAUAAUGCUGAAAGUUAUUAUCAAAGAGGUAUAAAGUAAAUCUUAUUAUUUAAGCAACAAUUUAUUGGAUAUAAUAAUAAUUUAAUCUUGGUUUAGAAGAUUGUAGGAAGUGUGUUUAGAUUAAUGAAAAUUUUGCAAUGGGAUAUUGUAGAAUAGGUAACAAUAUAAAAAUAAAUUUGUAGGCACGAUUAUGGGAGGAUUGAAAUAAAAGGAUAAUUAACUAAAUUAUUACAAUUAAGCUAUAGAUAAAGAUAGCAAUUGUGAUUAUGCAUUUUUGUGUCGUGGUAACAUAAAAUUUAAUUUUUAAGGGUGUUAUUAUAUGGAUGAAAAAAAAACUGAUUAAGCCUUAAGUGAUUUCAGUUAAGCAAUUGAUAUCAAUCCAAAAUAUAAUGCAGCCUUUUAUAAUAGAGGUAUAUAGUAUUACACUCAAUAUAUUAGCAAUCUUAUAUGAUAAUAUUGGUGACAUAGAUAAAGCAUUAAAUGAUUAUAACUAAGCAAUUGAACUUGAUCCAAAUAAUGUGACAGCCCUUUAUAAUAGAGGUAAAUACUAUUACAUUCAAUGCUUUAGCCAUAUUAUAUAAUACUAUUGGUGACAUAGAAAAAGCAUUAAAUGAUUAUAAUUACGCAAUCUAACUUGAUCCAAAUAAUGCGACAGCCUAUUAUAAUAGAGGUAAAUUCUAUUAAACUCAAUAUAUUAGCAGUUUUAUAUGAUAAUAUUGGUGAUAUAGAUGAAGCAUUAAAUAAUUAUAAUUAAGCAAUCCAACUUGAUCCAAAUGAUGUGGAAGCCUUGCAUAAUAGAGGUAAAUACUAUUACACUCAAUAUAUUAGGCAUAUUAUUUAAAACAAUUGGUGACAGAGACAAAGCAUUAAAUGAUUAUAAUUAAGUAAUUCAACUUGAUCCUAAUAAUGCUACAGCAUUUUAUAAUAGGGGUAAAUACUAUUAUAUUCAAUAUAUUAGCCAUAUUACAUAAUACUAUUGGUGACAUAGACAAAGCAUUAAAUGAUUAUAAUUAAGCAAUUUAAAUUAAUCCAAAUAAUGCAAAAGCCUUUUAUAAUAGAGGUUUAUAGUAUUACACUCAAUAUAUUAGCAAUUUUAUAUGAUAAUAUUGGUGAAAUAGACAAAGCAUUAAAUAAUUAUAAUUAAGCAAUCUAACUUAAUCCAAAUGAUGCGGAAGCCUUGCAUAAUAGAGGUAAAUACUAUUACACUCAAUAUGUUAGGCAUAUUAUAUAAAACAAUUGGUGACAUAGACAAAGCAUUAAAUGAUUAUAAUUAAGCAAUCUAACUUGGUCCAAAUGAUGCGACAGCCUAUUAUAAUAGAGGUAAAAACUAUUACACUCAAUAUAUUAGGCAUAUUAUAUAAAACAAUUGGUGACAUAGACAAAGCAUUAAAUGAUUUUAAUCAAGCAUUGGAAAAAGAUGAAAAUUUUAUUAAAGCCUAUCAUCAAAAAGGUUUUAUCCCCAUAUAAGAAUUUUAGGUCUAAUUUUAUAGGAUUUGAAUUAAGAUGAACACGCUAUAAUCUGCUUUGAUAAAGCGAUUUCACUUGAUAUAAAUCAUAUGGAUGCUUAUUAUAACAAAGGUUUUAUGUUAGUUAUCAUUUAGCAAUUUCAUUAGAAAAAUAGAACCAAAAUUUUUUAGCCAUUAAGUUUUAUAAAAUAGCACUAACAUUAAACCAUCCUUCUUAAAAUGAAAUUUCUGAAGCAAUCAGCAAAAUUCGAUUAUUUUAUUGA